UGAAUUGACAGAUGUUUCUGAGAUGGUGUCAGCAAUGAAGCAAAACCAGAACCAGGCAUAUCUACUAGCUCACCAUAUCAACAAGGAGCGUAUUCUCUGCCGCCGGGACUUCCCCAUGGCAAUCCCUGGCUGCACAGCAAAGACCAUAGGGACUGGGGCCUUUACUGUGGGUCAGAUCCGCGCUGGUUGCCCACCCAAGCAAGUAAUCCUUAGCAAGACUGUUCCCUUUAAAGUGAGCCCCACCCAAGAUUCAGCAAUUCUUAGGGUCGUGACAGAACAAGGUGGCAAUCAAGACAGUUCUAAGACUGAACAGAAAGCAGAAUUAAAAGCAAUCUCUGAGUCUGCCAAAGCAAACGCCUCUGACUCUGAUUCAAAGCCACUAGAAGUACCGAAAAAAACGGAUACAUCAUUGACACCUCAAGUUAGUGCAGAUCAGAAUAUAUCAAACUCUACAGAAGUAACGCAGUCUCAAAAUCUCUCUGACGGUGUGAAGAUGAAGACAGCAGCACCUCUUACUAUAAACACAAUACACAAAGCCUUACCUAAAAUUUUGCCUGUGGACACAAGUGUCUCUGCCAAAAUCUCCCCCACUAAUAUGUGCCAAGAAGCCACGACUGCCUCCAGUGAGACCAUGAAGCCUUCAAGCUCCGCAGAACUUCUGCCAGUGGAUGACCUGUUCUGCACAUGCCCAGUACAACAGGAGCCUGCACCUCAACUAAGGCUAAAAGACCCACAGGUUCAAAAGAUAGUUGUGUUUCAGUCAUCCUCUCCCACAGAUGAUGAGCGUCUUCGAGCCAAAGGCCUCCAACUGGCAAACAGCAAAGAAAACACAGCAAGAGCAGGACCAGAUCCUAAUUUGGCAAAACCAAGCCCUCAAAUACAAACCAAGUUAUCGCCUCAUUUGCCUGUAAAGGCAGAAAGGAAAGAAACAUCUGAAAACAAGAUUGAGGCUGCCGUCGGGAAAUCCCGCACAGAGCCACAGGAUCAGAAAUGUGCCAUAAAAUCCUUACCUAUUUUAGAUGAUCUCACGAGCCCAAGUCCCAAUGUAGAAAAAGUCUCCACUCUUCCAGCUGGAGACUCAAAGAAGCAGGGCAGUGGUAAGAAGGCACAGCGCAAUGCCCCAUUCUUGAGCUUUAGAAACCUUCUUUCGGCAACAUUUCCUGCAAGAAUGAGAAGAGAGACAGAUGAACGAAGAGCACAGCUGCAAAAAGUCAGGCAGUAUGAGCUAGAGUUUUUAGAGGAACUGCUGAAGCCCAAGUCAUCACAAGGAGAAUUUAUACCCCAAGGAUCUUCUCCUGUGCCAUCAGGCACUCCUUGUGCCUGCCAGCUCCGUACCAGCCCUGUCCUUAAAGCUCCAGGGAUUUCCAGGGAGCAGCGACGCAGUUGUGACUGUAAACGAAUGUGCAGGGGCAUGAGACUUCCUGAUACACCAGUUGGCAGCGCUACAGAGACAAAAAAUCGAGGCAGAGAGAGAACUAUCUCAAAGACCCCUCCAGCUGUUUCCAAAGCCCCUCAUGCCCAAGGUGCCCCCAAGAGACCUCAAACUUUAGAGAUCAAGACUACAAGAAUACGAUCUACCAGUCUUGAGUCAAGAGAGCCAAGAGGAGACCAGAGCUCUUGCGUGCCUACUUGUACUUCUCAAACUGACUGCAUGGGAGCUCCACAAUACAAAAAGCUUCAGAGACGAUACAGUAUUGGGGAGCUGGACAAUAGUUCAAGCACACCGGUGUAUGCUGAAGUGAAGCCAAAAGCCAAAAGUCUGGAGAAAGAAAUGGAAAGAGUGAGAGCCACGGGGCUGAGGCUACCAAUUCCUGUAGAGCCAGUUCACACGCAGUCUCACCAGGCAGAGGGGAAGGGGAAAAGGGGUGUUUUUUUCAUUCAGGGAGAGGAACUGUUACGUGAUACUAAAGAAGGGACUGGGGAGGUUUUGCUCACAUUGCCCAGUGAAGACAGCGAUGACAAAGACAAAUGCUGCUCAUUCUGUUUCUGUUAUAGGAAGUGUGAAGCUGCAGAUGAAAGCAGUGAGAAAGAUGAACUUUCAUACUCCAUACCCCUACAGGUCCUUCCAGGCAUGGACGUUGACUCGCGUACCUUUCCAGUUGUAAGUAAAACACUCCAGGUCCUAAAUGCAGAGGACUGCAGUGGGGAAGAAGAGGAGGAAGAGGAAGAGGAACCACAGACACAGGAUAUUGACCUUAGAACCUGUGGAACACUGGAGGGGAGCCUUGCCCGUGUACAGGCUCUACAGGGGAAAAGUUUCAGUUUACCUGAUGGUUUUCUAAAUGCCCAGCUAGAUGCUAAUGAGUUGUUAGCUAUCCUACGACAGUGUGCCAACAGCCCACAGGCCGAAGGUGAAGCUCGUCUUCAGUCAUCACGGAUUGCAGAGUACAAACAGGAACUGGCGGUGCGAUUCAAAGAGUUCAGGGCAUCAUGUCGGCGAGUGGCAAGUGUUGAAAAAAGCCCAACACGAAUGCUAGCUGUCGUUUCAGAUAGCUUCCAGGUGUUGUGUGAACUGACUCAGACCUUCAUCAAACUUGUCAGAGGAGUCCGCUCGGAAGCCCAGAGGCUACAGCUGUUGAGGAAAGUUGAGGAGGUUGCUAUCAACUACACUUUGCUUCUCCGUGCAGCGGAAGAGUCCAUGGGACACUCAAGUAGUUUGCCAACAAAGACAAUGAGCCCUCAGAUUUGCUCCAAUACCAAUAACAUGAGCUCACUUACACGACCCAUCAAAACUCUGCCUGCCCAGUAGGAACAAAUCUGGCAGGAACGUGUGGAUGGCUACUCUGUCCAAAUUCAUUCUUUAUUUAGCGUUUACAAUUUUUACUACAUCAGCAAUGAAUCAUCCUCAGUAACAAUUGCAACUAUUUCAUCCCAUGUUUACAGGCCCUGAGGUAGCCUUGUUUUGAAAAAAUAGAGAUAUACCAAACUAAUGCACAAUGGAGUAAGAACUCUACAGCAGACUGGGUGACACAGGGCUAAUCACCUCAUAUAAACAUUCACAAUACAGUAUAUAUAUAUAUAUAUAUAUGAAUUGUUCUAGUAAAAUAUUUUAUAUAUCUAUAUAUUAUGUAUAUUUUAGUUGUGUCUAUAUAGCAAAUAAUAUAAAGUUUGUGAAGAAAAUAAUUAUAAAUUUAUUUAAAUAUACUGAAGUAAUAUAAAUAUAAAAGUGAUAAUACACCAGAAGUAAAUGUAUGCAGUGGACAAAAAUAAUUCAGAGAUCUUGUCACGUAGCGACUUCUGUAAACUGAAUAGUCCAAAGGGUUGGCUGGUUAGGUUUUGAUGUGUUUGUGGAAUUUGUCACCUGUUGUAAUGCAAAAUUGAUCUCUGUUGGCUGUGCUGGCAAUGUGUGACAUACAAUUGUGGGGCAAAAUGUAAGGGAAAGAGUUGGAAACAGCAAAGUACUGAACAAGAAGUAUAAAACAGGCUAUACUGAUGACCGGGGCCCCAUUCUCUCAUUACAAAAACGCAGGUAUGGAACACACAUGUUUAGAAGCAGACAAUGUAGCAGAGACCCAAGUCACAGUUUUAUCCACUGUACAGUUAUGAGUGCCAUCACCUCACUCAGCUGUAAAAAAAAAAAAAAAAA